CUGCUCUUCUUCUUCUUUCUUCCCGCUGCAGCCACCCGAGGAAAAAAAAAAGGGGGAACCCAGCCAUGCUUGAGAAAUUGGUGAGAUAAGCUUGGAUUUCUCUUUCUUUCCUUGCUCUACAACACAUGUAUAACCCAGAAAUUCUUUCCCCCUGCUGGAAAAACCCAGAUCUGGUCGGUUCUCCCCUCCCCUGUCCGUGAGCUGCAGCUUGUGGGUGGGUGAUUUCUGGGCAUGUUUUCGAUUGCGUGAUUCUCCUCUGCACUGCCGCCGGCUUCUUCCCCCUGCUAGGUCCGGUUCUUGCUGGAAAAUUCUGGUUCUUGAUCGUUCUGUCAGUUAGCACUAAAAUUGAGUGCUCGGUUUUAUACAAGUGAGGAAGUGAAACCGAGGACGGGGAAACCACGGGAAGUGACGAAUUAAAAAACUAGCCAUUUCAAGAUUGAUAUAGUUUUUUAGAAAUAAAUCAUGAUCUUGUAAACUAGAGUGUAUUGGAGAUUUUAUGAUAUCAGAGAGAAUUUUAUAAUUUGAUCUUCAGAUUUUUGUGUUGCUAAAAAUUUCCGUUCCCCUAUUUUAUGGCCAGAACAGGGUCUCGUAUGGGACACGACACCAUUGUUGAUGGCAUGGUAAAAGAUGGCCUGUGGGAUGUUUAUAAUGACUUUGGAAUGGGAGUAUGUGCAGAAUUCUGUGCUGAUCAGCAUAGUAUAAUGCGAGAAGAGCAGGAUUCUUACGCUAUUUGGAGCUUUGAGCGUGGAAUUGCAGCUCAAAAUAAUGUACUAUUUUCUUGGGAAAUAGUUCCGGUGCAGUUAUGAUUCCACACUGAAUAGGAAAAGAUUUGAAGUUUCUGAUGCACUGAACAUUAGUCAUGAUCCUUCUUGCAGGUUAAAGUUUCUGGGGGAAGAGGGAAACCAUCUAUAGUUGUAGAUAAGAAUGAAAGUUUGGCAAAGUUUGAUGCUGCAAAGUUGAGGAAGCUUAGACCAAGCUUUAAGGAUGCUGGAUUUGUUACUGCUGGCAAUGCUUCCUGAUGGUGCAGCAGCAUUGGUGGUAGUGAGUGGGGAGAAAGCUCUCAAGCUUGGUUUGCAAGUAAUUGCUAAGAUAAGAGGAUACGCUGAUGCUGCUCAGGCACCUGAAUUAUUUCCAACUGCCCCAGCCCUUGGAAUACCAAAAGCUAUUUUGAAUGCUGUAUGUUCUUUUUCCUCUAUGCACGUCGUGGUUCUUGCCAAUCAAAAACUGCUUGACCUUAAUCCUGAAAAGGUUAAUGUUCAUGGUGGAGCUGUAUCUUUGGGACAUCCAUUAGGAUGCAGUGGAGCUUGUAUAUUAGUCACAUUGCUAGGGGUCCUGAGGCAUAAGAAUGGGAAGUUUGGGGUUGAUGGAAUCUGCAAUAGAGGAGGAGGAGCCUCUGCUCUUGUCGUUGAACUCAUGCCAGCUGCAAGGGUGGGAUGUUCCAAGUUAUAAAGAUAAUUUGCAUUCUCCAUUAUCGUACCAUCAUUCAGUUCUUUCUUUCCUUUUUCCAAUGAAGGGAAUAAUAAGUAUUGAGUAUGUAUCAAACAUUACAAAGAUAUAAAUAUUGUUACCUCUU